CACCGGAGUCCCACAAUCGGCACCGGCUGCGGCGGCUGUGAGCCGGGCGAAUGGCGGAGUCCGGGCCGCAGCCCCCGGGGGGCGCCCCGAGCCGCCACGAGAAGAGCCUGGGGCUGCUCACCACCAAGUUCGUGUCGCUGCUGCAGGAGGCCAAGGACGGCGUGCUCGACCUCAAGCUGGCAGCGGACACCCUGGCGGUGCGGCAGAAACGGCGCAUUUAUGACAUUACGAAUGUCCUCGAGGGCAUUGGGCUGAUCGAGAAGAAGUCCAAGAACAGCAUUCAGUGGAAAGGUGUGGGCCCCGGCUGCAACACCCGUGAAAUUGCCCACAAGUUGAUCGAGCUGAAGGCAGAGAUUGAGGAUUUGGAGCAGCGGGAGCGAGACCUGGAGCAACAGAAGAUGUGGGUGCAGCAGAGCAUCAAAAACGUCACCGACGACGUACAGAACAGCCGGUUGGCCUACGUGACUGAUGAGGACCUCUGCAAAUGCUUUCCAGGCGACACGUUGCUAGCCAUCCGAGCCCCGUCGGGUACUCAGCUAGAGGUCCCUGUCCCCGAGGGCUUGAACGGCCAGAAGAAAUACCAGAUCCACCUGAAAAGUACAAGCGGCCCAAUUGACGUCCUGCUGGUCAAUAAAGAUGCCUGGAGCUCUCCUCCGGUGGUCCUUCCCGUCCCGCCCCCUGAAGACCUCAUCCAGUGUCAGCCGGUCACUCCCUCUAAGCCCCAGAGGCCGCCCGUCGCCCAUUCCCAGGAGGCCUCCGUUCCUAGCGCGACCCCGCCUGCCGCCCCCGCCCUCAACAGCACGCAGGACCACAUCUCUGCUGCGCAGGAAACAACCAGCUCCGCAGACAGUGGCAUCUCAGCGGCAGAGUCGAAAAGCAGCGGGGCGUUGGACCCCCUCACGCCCUCGACGGCGCCCGCUAGCCCUCCUGCUGGGCUGGACACGCAGCCCCUCCAGUCCUCCGCCCUCCUAGACAGCAGCUCCGUCCUGCCCAGCCCCUCCACCUCCUUUGAGCCAAUCAAGCCCGAUCCCACAGAAAUACUGGAACUUCCCAAAGAGCUUUCGGAGAUGUUCGAUCCAAGCAGAGAAUGCAUGAAUUCUGAGCUGCUCGAAGAACUCAUGUCCUCUGAAGUGUUCGCACCUUUGCUUCGCCUCUCCCCGCCCCCUGGAGACCACGACUACAUCUACAACCUGGACGAGAGCGAAGGGGUGUGCGACCUUUUCGACGUGCCGAUCCUCAACCUCUGACUCCGGGAGUCUGGACGGACUUUGGGAUACCGAUUUUUUAAAACCAACCCACCAACCUGUCUCGGGGGAAAUCCCCGUCCCUCUGUUGCCGGAUUCCUUUUCUGCCAGCGCUUGAGUGACACACACCGAGCUGGUGUGGUCUAGACUGUAAACCAAGCGGGAUGGUCUUCACCAGCCUCUUCCUUCCCACGAUGCACCAGCGGCGUUCCCCUGGUUUAUCCCGCUCCAUCGCAGCUGUCCUUUCACUGGAUCCUGGGCCUCCUUCUCAAGGAAGCCUGCUAUCGGAUCUUCUCGAACGGCAAAAGAGCUUCCUCGCGUCCACGAGCCCUCCUGGGGCUUCCUUGCACUGCUGGAGGCACUUUGCAUCUUUUUGAAAGGAAGAAGAGAGUUGGACUGCAGCCAAAUCAUCUCGGGGGGGGCGGAGGGAGAAGCUAGUGUCGGCCCGCCUUUUUAAGCCUGCCUGUGUCAUUCAGACGGCCCGUGCGUCCCCUCCUCUCUCUUUCUCUCUAGCAACUUACACACGCUUUUGACGCGAGGGAUGGGGGAGAGGUGAAAGCGAUGAGGGCAUUUCAGCAAAUCCAUGGAUUAUUGGUUUUAUUGCCCGCAGAGGUGCUUAGAAGCCACAUGUCGCGCUCCGGUCCCCUCCCCGUCUCGGCGACCGCCCAGGCACACGUGAAGCACACGAUGCCCAACUCCUCUCCUCCAGCCUUCUAGGUUGAAAGCGAAAACAAACAAGGUGCCAGUUUUGCACAGUCACUUUCCUCCAAAGAGUCGGGAUUGAGAAACAGAUUGUCCCAAACUUGCGGGGCUGCCGGUUGCAUGGAGUUGCCCAUCCUGUUCGUGCGGCUCGACUUGUCUCCGGAGUCCUGCACACGACACGUCCUUCCUGCUUUCUAAUAGCAAGCGUUGUUUGCCUCCCCUCGGCCCUUUCCUUCCGGGCCCUUCGUAACCCGGGGCAGGAGAGACCCCCCCCCCCCCCGUGCCACCUUUGCACUUCUCUUGAUCCCCGCCUCCUUUCUGCCCUCCAGCCUGUGCUUGUCUUUUAUCGGAUGCCAAUACCUAACUUGCGCCCUCUGGCCGUUAACCUUUGCACAUUUCACGGCCCCAGAAGGUGAGCGGCUGGUGCGGGGGGGGCGGGGAGGUUCAGCCUGAAGGUGGAGCGGUCUUGCAUCCCAACCCUAACCGUGCUGCUUGUCUGAACGCCUGAUUUCCAUGGGAUUUGGUGACAAGCAUGCUUAAGGCUGCAGGUGGGUUCACAUGAACUGGCACCUUGGAGCCACCCAUAUAAGCAGGGGAUGCUUGUCAUGGGGGUGUGGGAUGCCUGGCCAGGGCGAGCUGAUCUGAGUUAUUCCUGAGCCUGGCAAAGGAUACUUGAAUACAUUCUCCAGUUCAGCGGUAGGCAGCCUACUCUCUAGAGGGUUUAGACUGCAGCUUCCGUCAUUGCUCACUACUGGCUGCGGUUUUUGGGAUUAGUAGUCCAAAACAACCAGAGGGCAGCAAGCCAAAUAUCCCUGCUCAAGUUCCUUUGGGUGGGCAAUGGGGGCCAUAAUUCCUUCCCAUUGCCUCCAGCAUGGGAGCUCAUGCCUAGAACAGCAUCUGAUGUCCUCCCUGGGCAAAUUCCUGGGCUUCUCUAGCACCGGCUAUACACAGACACCUCCAGGAAGCCAGAGGGCUUCCCCCGCUUGCUCUUUAGCCUUGGUCCCCUGGCCUCUGCGUGUGGUCAGGAGCGGCCUUGUUGAGCGGCUGCCCCUUCCUCACCUUUGCGGUCUGCCUGUCACCCUCUGUUCAGUGACGUCCCACAGAAGAUAAAGAGAGGAAAUGUACAAUGGGGGGGAAAUUGAUUCGUAUAUAAAGAUUAUUUUUAUACUUUUCUUGCAACAAGAGACUUGCCUGUAAUAUUUGUACAGUUGUUUUUUUCCUGAGUGAAUAAACAGAACCUUUCCAAAA